AUGCUUCUCCCGACUCAUGACGAGGUCACUUGCCCUGUGCUAGCUCCUGCCAACCAUAGAUCCGAGAAACCACUCGGUAUUAAUCAACAAAGAAUCCUUUACCGACUUGAGGCCGAUAAGAAGAGGCAUGAUGAAAGGAAAUCGUCAAGGAAUGUUGCUCCAAGACUCUCACACAUUCAAGCAUCUCUCUCAAGCCAGGACCUCAGACUCUCUUUGAAUGAUAAGCGAGCCCCAACUCCAAAACGUCUUGAUAAAGGAGUGUGGAUUCCCCGCACCCGACGGAUUUAUCCACCUCAAAGGAACCAUGAAGACCAUCCUUACCACCCAUCUCCAAGCCUAGGACGCUCAUCUUCUCAUCAAAAACAGAGGAUGACUCAAGCUCAACAGGAAGGAUCCCCUUCAGUCAAUCAUUGGAGCCCAGCCACUUGGGAGAAUGGCACUACUGUUGGAUUUCAGACACCUUCUCAUCUCAGGGCAUUACCACAAGGUCCUCAAAUCACCCUUCAAAGGUCUCUGACUUCUCAUACUCCCUCUCCAAGUCCCCCCAGGGAGGGAGUCUCUACUCCAUUGGAUGUAGUGGAGGAUACUAACAGCAAUUCUAGAGACAGAAGAACAGCUCUAGAGAGGUUGUCUCUUCCUUUCAACCCUGAACUACGUAACACUACAGUUGGAUCUAGUCUUGAUUCAGAGCGUCUGCAAGAGGUAGCGAUAGGGCUCAUUGAUGAAGAUCAUCGAAAUCACUACUUCAUCCCUGACGUCAUUCAAACAGAGGACACUAGGAUCCCUAUUUCCCUUCGCCUUGGUCCUGCGGAACCCUCAAACUCUAACCACAAGGGGAAGAAAAAGGCAGGAGGUAGAGUCAUUCCCUUGAAGCCUACAACCAAAGAGACAGGCUCUAAAGUUUCAAAAGCUGUAAGUAACAAGAGAGGAAACCACAGUCCCCUACAAGGACUCCAAGGUCAUCUUAGAACAACGAGAAGCACUGGAAUUAGCUCUCUCUGCAUCCAUCCCCGAUCAGGCGCUCAUUACAACUAUCACAACUACUCUUGA